UAUAUUAUAUACUCUGGCGGGAAAUCGCAACCAUCCCAGUCAGCUUCCACCAGAAGUUUCUCUCCCAAACCUCGAAGCCGAAACCUAACCUUUCAACUUCUUCGUUCUAUCUCUCCACUCUCCAAACCCAGUGAUCUCUCUCCCUCUGGGACUCUGAGUGUGAUCGUGACAAAUGACGGUUUUGAGGUCUCGGGAAAUAGUCCCAACGAAACCCACACCGAAAACGCCGAAAGCGGCGUUCAAAAUCGAGCCUUCCACGCCCAGCCGAACGGACGGGCCCUCCAUUCUCCAGUCUCCCACUCCACCAAUGUCAUCCAGCCCAAACCCGGAUCCGAACACGACCCCGGUCUCUUCUGGGUUGGGCUCCGAUUCGGUAUCCAUUUACGGGGUUAACCGGCGGCGGAGUCUCCGUCUCUCUUCGAAAUCGGAUUCCGGCGAAGGAUCGGGUUCGAAUCCGGCCCACGACUGCAAGAGGAAGAGUGUCUCCGGCGAGAGAGGCGCGUGCUUGAAUGGGAAUAGGGUGGAAGGAGAGAGUGCGGAGGAAACUGGUGGUGGGCUCUUGAGUUUGGCUGGAAAUGGAGAAAUGAGUUCUGAUGUGAUCGAGAAGAGGGUUAGGGUUCUGGACCGGGUUUGUGGAUUAAGUGGAAAUGGGUCGGGUUCGGAAGAAGAGAAGGAUUCGAGGGGUUUUGGUGAAGUUGGGUUAGGUUCAAAAUCGGCCAAAGGGAAGAAGAGGAAAUUGGGUUUUGACGUCAAUUUAGGUUUGGAAUGUGCAAGGGAGGAUGGAGAGGGCAAAGGGUAUCGGAAUUUGCGGUCUGGGAAGAGACUUGCAAAGAGAGGUAUCAAUGGUGUUGGGACUAGUGCCGUUGAUGACAAGCUGGUUGAUGAAAGAGAAAGCCAAGAAGAGGAAGAAGAAAAAGAAAAGCACAAUGGAGAAUUGGGGAGAGAACUAAUUGGUAUCGGGAUUAAGAGAGAGGGGAAGGGUAAGGGGAGGCUGGUCCAUGAUGAUUUAGUGUCAACUGCUUUAAAAGUGGUGGACCCCAAAGCGGAUAAUGCGAGUGGCAAUGUAGUUGAGAAUGAGGGUUAUAAGUCGGUUAAUGAGAGACGAGCUGGUGAAGGUAAUGAAAAGGGGAAGAGAAAGUUGGGUGGUGCUAAUGAUGGGGGUGUUGUCAUUGAGAAAGGUGUUGUUAAGGGCAGAAGGAGAUUUAGCAGAGAAGAAAAAGGGAAGGGCGUGGUUCUUGAUGGUUCUUUGUUACCGAAUGGUGAAGGGGAGGGCCUUGUGUCUAAAGAGAAGAAUUCUGUUGAAGAUGUGGUUUCGGGUGCCGUCCAUUCGGGGGAUAAUGUAGCAUCACAGGUGGAAACGGAAGUUGGGCAGGCUAAUGCAAGAGAGGAUCAAUCAACCAGGAGGGAUUACAUGGAACGGUUUCGAGAGAUAGCAAGGGAAAAUGCUUCUCGAUUUGCUCUUUUUACUCAUAUAGGUGAAGGGGAGGACCUUGUGUCUUCUGAGGCUGAAGCUGAACCGGAAUUUGAAGAUUGGCCGGGUCCCUUCUCCACUGCUAUGAAGAUCAUUAAAGAUCGAGCAACUAAGAAUCAGCGAGUGGGGAGUUCAUACUUAGACAAGAGCAAAGCUGCAUCAGUUACAUGGGUUCCGAGAGAUAGCCAGAAUCGCCCAAAGCGGCCGGUUCCCUCACUGAAAGAACUGUCCUUGAAAAUUCUUGCCAAGAAUGCUGACGAAAUUAAAUCACUUGAAAAUAUUCCGGAUGCUUUGAAGCACAAGCUAAGUCAUUUGCUUUGUGAUUCUCGGAGAAUGAAUAAUCAUUCUUUUGAGCUUCUCGUUCAUGGAUCACCUAGAGAGGUUCGCUUGAGGGAUUGUUCAUGGCUGACCGAAGAACAGUUUACAAAAUCUUUUCAGAAUUGUGACACCAGCAAUCUAAUGGUACUGCAACUUGACCAGUGUGGACGCUGCAUGUCAGAUUAUAUGUUACUUUCUACCUUAGCUCGGUCAUCAAAUAGCUUGCCUGCAUUAACUGCUUUAUCCCUCAGUGGUGCGUGCCGUCUUACAGAUGUUGGGCUAGGGAAACUUGUUUCUUCUGCCCCUGCAUUAAGAUCUUUAAAUCUCAGUCAGUGUUCCCUCCUCACAUCCUCCAGUAUUGACACUUUAGCCGACUCAUUGGGAUCAAUUCUGAGGGAAUUGUAUCUUACUGAUUGUCAAAGCAUUGAUGCUAUGCUUAUCCUGCCAGCAUUGAAGAAGCUUGAACAAUUACAAGUAUUAUCAUUAGCGGGUAUUCAAAAUGUUUGUGAUGAUUUUCUCAGGGAGUUUAUCGCUGCUCGUGGCCACAAUAUGAAGGAGCUUGUUUUGACUGAUUGUGUAAAACUGACAGACUCUUCCUUGAAAGCCAUCGCUGAAAACUGUCCGGGGUUAUGUGCAAUUAAUCUCGAGAACUUGUGCAAAUUGACAGAUUCUGCUAUAGGAUAUCUUGCAAAUGGCUGUCGAGCAAUUCAAACAUUAAAACUCUGCCGCAAUGCAUUCAGUGAUGAAGCCAUUGCUGCCUUCUUGGAAACCUCUGGAGAGUGUUUGAAAGAACUUUCGCUGAAUAAUGUCAAGAAGGUUGGCCGCAACACAGCCCUAUCACUUGCCAAACGUUCAACAAGGUUGCAUACUCUAGAUCUAUCCUGGUGUCGGAAUAUGUCAGAUGAGGCUGUGGGUUUGAUUGUAGACAACUGCUUAUCACUGAGGGUGCUCAAACUAUUUGGAUGCACUCAGAUUACGAAUGUUUUUCUAGAUGGUCACUCGAAUCCAGAUGUGCAAAUUGUUGGCUUGAGGAUGUCUCCAGUAUUGGAACGUGUCAAGGUGCCUCAUUAUGAAGUAGAAGGUCCAUUGCGUUAUUCAUUGGUGUCUUCUCCAAUUUGAUCUCUGUUUGGAUAAUCAGACAUAAUAUUACAAUUAACAUCAUACGGCAGCUAGGAAUAACAAAUAGAAUACAACCAGUUACUCAAAAUUUUCAAUAUCUAAUGACUUGGAAAAUCCCUCUCAUCCCAAAGCUUUCUUUUUGCCCUGUGUCCCUAUAUAAACCAGUCACUUGCUUUUUAAAUUGAAAGCAGUGUAACUAAAUUGUACUGCAAAUAUUUUGUAAGCAUAAACAAAUGAUUCGAGUAAGAUGCUUUUGUUUAGCGAUUCCCGUGGAACUCAAUGACAUGAAGUAUGAUUGGAGAUUUUUCAAAUAGAUUGUGUUAAACUUU